AUGGCACUGUUCGAGACCCGUGUAAGUGGGUCUAAAGCGACGCGUAUUAUUUCGUCUUUGGGGUUUGAUAACUCUUUUGUUGUGGACGCGGAGGGUUUUGCUGGCGGUAUUUGGAUCUUGUGGAGGGGUCAUGAGGUCCAAGUGCAGAUUCUUCAAGCUCAGAAGCAAUUUGUUCAUGCCCAGUUCACUUGUGGAUACUUUCAUACUCCUUUCUUGGUAACCUUCGUGUAUGGUAGCCCGCAAAUGGCUACUAGGAAUCUCUUAUGGAGCUCCUUGGAGAAUAUUGGGGUCACAAUUCGUUAUCCCUGGAUGGUGAUAGGGGACUUCAAUGCAUACUUGGGAGCUGAUGAGAAAUAUGGUGGUGCCGCUGCAAAUGGCUCCUCCAUGAAGAAGUUUCGGGUAUGUAUGGAUCGCUGCUCUUUGUCUGAUAUGGGGUUUAAGGGUCCCCCCUUCACAUGGGAGUGGCGUGGCGUCAAGGAGCGGCUCGAUCGUGGUAUCUGUAACCUUGACUGGCUAGAAGCGUUUCCAGAGUCCUCAAUAAUCCACCUCCCUCAAUUGAAGUCGGAUCAUAAACCCCUCCUUUUUAAGGGGUCUUCACAGGGGGUGGCUCCCGUGUCUGAUCGCCCUUUCAGAUUCAUGUCAUGCUGGUUGACUGACAAUCGGUUUCCACAUGUGGUUAGUAAUGCUUGGCGUAACAAUCUGGAUUGGGCCUCGGCUUCUAAGAGCUUCAGGGAGGAUGUGGUUGAAUGGAACACUCAUGUGUUUGGUAAUGUGUUUCGGCGUAAGCGGAGAUUGAUGAGAAGGUUGGAAGGGAUCAAUGCCAAACUUAGGAUGCAGCAUAAUCCUUUUCUCCAUAACCUUCAACACAAACUCUGGCAACAAUACAACUGUGCUCUUGUGCAAGAGGAGAUGAUCUGGAGACAAAAGUCUCGGUGUUCCUGGGUGAAGCAUGGUGAUCAAAAUACUAGGUUUUUUCAUGCUUCUACCAAAUCCAGACGGAAGCGUAAUAGGAUUGAGGCCCUUACGGCGGAGGAUGGGACCUUAGUAACCGACGUGGAUACUCUCUGUUCCAUGACUGUGGAGUUUUUCAGCUCGUUGUAUACGUCCCAGGGUAUGAUCCAAACCAUCCCGCCUGGUGAUGGCUUUCAUCCGCUAGCUCCGAGUGUGUUGGAUGAUAUCCAAGCUCUUUUCACGGCUGAGGAGAUCAAGCUGAGCUUAUGA